AUGGUGCCCUCUACACGCCGAAACCCUGCGUCCUCUCGCAAUAGCGCUCGAUCCGAGCCCGCUACGCCUCCCCCCCUUAUUAUUGGACAACCCGAGGUCGAAUCGGUCCCGGAUCAGCAUGCAAACCCGGCCGAAUCUGGUCCAGACCAGAUUGGGGAAAUCGCUGGUGAUCUUACAACUGAAAGUAUCAGCGGACCUGGAAGUGUUACUACGGAUGCCCUGGAAGAGAAGAGACACGAACUAGGACGCCUAGAAGAGUUCCUUGCGAUUCAUACUCGCCUUAAAGAGCUCUCCGCUCAAGUCUCUGGAAUUAACGCUGGGGCUUUCCUAGACAAUCUAUCUAUGGCUCGCAGAGGAACCGAGGUUAAAACACGCAAGAAAGUAGAGGGUUUCGAGGUCGAUAAGUUCAAGAAAUCGUUUAGUCUUCAAGAACGAGCAAAUUGGCUCUCGCAGCUCGGAUAUGUCUUUCGAGGCAACCCUGGGGUCUACGAGGAUGAAGAGAUGAAGAUCCUCGCAGGAGUCAAAUAUCUUGACUCCGACUGCAAAAACGACUGGACUGCAGAGGAGAGGUACCUCGAAGAUAACAAUGACGAUCGUUUUGGCAGCUGGGAAUACUUCAAGGAAUGGACUCUUACCUUGAUAUAUAACAAAAAUACCUUUACCGGAGAAGUCAGCGACGAGAUGGAGCGUUGUCGCCAACGAACCGAUGAGGAACCGAAGGCCUUUCACCACCGCCUCGCAGAUCUGGAACGUCAUCUUCCUCAGGUCUCCCGGGAUGAGCAAGCGCGCCGCUAUAUGUCAAAACUACAGCCGUGGUUGACACUACAUAUUCGCCAAUAUGCAAAGGUUUCUCCUGAAACUCGAGCACAAUGGGUAGAAGAAGCACAGAGUACCUGGGAAUUUACGAAAGCAAAGACGCAUAAACGCAACCUAUUCAUUAACGAUUCAAAUUCGAGCUCGAAACGCCCACGACCCAAUGACUCAUUCCCGAACCGGUCCAAUGGCAUGGAACGAGACCAAAAGGGUCCUGGAAAUCUAUACUCGAAGGGUCCUCACGGUCCUAGACCCAACCCGAAUCACAACAACUCUAAGUCAUACCCGAAUCCCCCUCGCUUCGGAGGUAAACCUCGACCGUUUUCCCCUCGGAACGAGAACAAUCCAAAUAAUACACCUGUCGGAGGGACCAACCUAUCCAACCCAUCCAACCCGUCUACCAGAACCCCUUCAAAUAGUUGUUUCAAUUGCGGCAAACCGGGUCACUGGGCGAAUGAAUGUCGUCUACCGCCACGAGCCCCAGGGGCGAAGAUCCAGGAAGCUCGCUCGAGACCCUGGUAUCACCGUAACGAUACUCAGUCGAGAGACUCGGGAAAAGCGCCGGGGUCGAAUUAA